AUGGCAGAGUGGAACGCUUACUUCCGGAAUGAGGAUGACGAUGAAGCACAGGAGGAGGGAGAACAACCACAAGGUGUCCUGAAUGCAACUUUCGCAGAUUUUAAAGUCACAGGGCGAGACUGUAUUGUUUUCUUGGUGGAUGCCUCAAAGGAAAUGUUCAUCAAGGGAGAAGAUGGGGCGCCGUCUAAUUUUGAUAUGACCAUGCAGGUGGUGCGCAGCGUGUACACCACAAAGAUCAUUAACAGUCCGGGAGACCUUGUAGCGUUGGUUUUUUACGGCACCAAGCAGAGUCAAGACCCUACCAACUCUUUCAAGCAUGUGUACGUCUACCACAACCUGAGUGAACUUGGUGCAAAGCGAGUGCAGCAGGUGGACGCAUUACGGGGAGACAAGGGUGCCUUGUUGGCGGCAGAGACAAUGGGCAGUGACGAGACAUCACUGUGCGACGCCCUGUGGUGCUGCGCUAACCUGUACCGAGACUGCAAACAACGUCUGGGGAGCAAGCGCCUCUUAAUCUUCACCUGCAGGGACCAACCGCACGGUGGUGACGCUGCCAAAGAUCGACAGGCUCGCACUCAAGCCAGCGACCUCAGAGAGACUGGGGUCAUCAUAGAACUAAUGCACUUGAUGAAAGGAGGCGGCUUUGAUGUUUCCCUCUUCUUUCGCGAUAUCGUAAGUCCACCAGACGAUGAAAGUGAACUGGGCCUGCAGACAGAGCCUUGUGAAAAACUGGAAGACCUCCAGAAGAGGGUGCGAGCCAGGGUGCAGAAGAAGAGAGCAAUGGCCAGGCUCAAUCUGUGUCUCGGAGAGGGCGUAAACGUGGCGGUGGGAAUGUACACUGUUGCAGUGACUGCUCGCAAACCAGCCCCCAUCAGGCUGUACAGGGAAAGCAAUGAGUCGGUCCGUAGCAAAACUCGCACCUUCCAUACACAAACAGGAAGCCUGCUGCUGCCCAGUGAGAUAAAGAAAGCUCAGGUUUAUGGUAACAAGCAGAUAGUGAUGGAAAAAGAUGAAGUGGACGCCAUCAAAAAGUUUGACGAUCCGGGUUUGUUUUUGAUCGGAUUCAAACCCAUGGAAAAGCUCAAACUGCACCACCAUAUUCGUCCCGCUGUCUUCCUCUAUCCCGAGGAGGGCGAGGUGAAAGGAAGCUCCUGUCUGUUCUCGGCACUGUUGACCAAGUGCAUGGAGAAGAACGUCUUUGCUCUCUGCCGCUGUAUUUCCCACAGAAAUUUCCCACCUAGAUUUGUUGCCUUGGUGCCUCAGAAAGAGGAACUGGAUGAACGGAAGGUGCAGACCACGCCACCAGGUUUUAAUGUCAUCUACCUGCCGUAUGCUGAUGAUUUUCGUAAUCUGGAUCCACCACAGACCCCCUGCGCUUCAGCUGAACAGGUGAACAAGAUGAGGGAAAUUGUGCAGAAGGUGCGCUUCAAAUACAGGAGUGAGGCAUUUGAGAAUCCAGUCAUCCAACAACACUACAGGAACUUGGAGGCCUUGGCUCUGGACAUGAUGGCUCCAGACGACAUAGAGGACCUCAUAAUGCCAAAGGUGGACCAGAUUGACGGCCGGCUGGGUCCUCUGGUUCAGGACUUCAAGGAUCUUGUCUACCCUGCAGAUUACAACCCGGACAUCAAACCUUCUGCCAAACGCAAAGCAGAUUCUGGCGGUACAGCAGAGAAAAAGCCCAAAGUGGAGCUGUCAGAAGAUGACCUGCGAAUCCACAUCCAGAAUGGCACUCUGGGAAAGAUGACUGUCCCAUUGCUCAAAGAGGCCUGCAAGCAGUUUAAAAUUCGAACCACUGGCACCAAGAAGCAGGAGCUGAUAGAUGCCCUGAUUAACCAAAUGUCCACAUGA